CAGGUGUGCGUCCUGGUGGCUGCCAUUACCUUUUCCUUCGAGAUGGCUGUGCAGGUCCCCAGCCUCCUCCUCGCAGCAGCUGCGGUGCUGAUGGUGCUGAGCAGCCCGGGGGCCCAGGGCAGAGACUCCCCAAGGGAUUUCGUGUUCCAGUUCAAGGGCCUGUGCUACUUCACCAACGGGACGCAGCGCAUGCGGGUUGUGACCAGGUACAUCUACAACCGGGAGGAGUUCGUGCACUACGACAGCGACGUGGGCGAGUUCUUCGCGGUGACCGAGAGGGGGCGGUCGUGGGCCGAGGAAUUCAACAGCCAGAAGGACUUCAUGGAGCAGUUGCGGGCCGCGGUGGACACGGUGUGCAGACACAACUACGAGGAGACGGAGGUCCCCACGGCCCUGAGGCGGCAUGAGCAGCCCAAGGUGGUCAUCUCCCUGUCCAGGAAGGAGGUCCUCAACCACCACAACAGGCUGGUCUGCUCAGUGACAGACUUCUACCCAGCCCACAUCAAAGUGCGCUGGUUCCGGAAUGGCCAGGAGGAGACGGAGGGAGUUGAGUCCACACAGCUUAUUAAGAACGGGGACUGGACCUACCAGGUCCUGGUCAUGCUGGAGAUGACCCCUCAGCGGGGAGACGUCUAUACCUGCCAUGUGGAGCACCCCAGCCUGCAGAGCCCCGUCACCGUGGAGUGGAGUGCACAGUCUGAGUCUGCCCAGAGCAAGAUGCUAAGCGGCAUUGGGGGCUUUGUGCUGGGGCUCAUCUUCCUCGGGCUGGGCCUUUUCGUCCGUCACAGGAGUCAGAAGGGACCCCGUGGGCCUCCCGCAACAGGGCUCCUACAGUGAUCCAUGAGAAUGUUUUGACUGAAUUUGCUGUAAGAUCUGCAUAUCCCUGCCUUUAGUUCCUGCCUGUGCCAGCCUGCCUGUCCCUCUCUGAUUCAUAGUUUAGCAUGGUGGCAGUGUACCCACCUGCUCAGUUGUUGUGAUUCCCCGACUCCCCAAGGCUCUAUCUUUGGCUCUGCUCUUGGGCUGGUUCCAGAGACCAUUGUGUACUGCAGCACGAUCUACUCAGACCCCAGGCCUUCAGUUUCCAUUGUCCCAUGGGACUGCUAAAGAGAUGCGCUGAAAACAUUUGCCUCUUUUCCAUAAUUAAACACAAUUAU